AGUUAGCCUGCUAGUCGUGAAGCUAAAAUAAAACACAGCAGGUGUGUGUCAUUGCAAGCACUAAUGUCGCAUCAGCACACUGCUCCUUUGUAGUAGCUGGGCAAUUAAGAUGUCACUGGCUCCAUUUAUCGUAUGCGGCAGUAUGUUUAAUGAACAACAUUCUGGCUAGUGAGCCGUGCAUUUGGCUAAGCUAACUUGUUGUCUACUCUACAAGAAUAACAUUAAGAAAUGGCUUAUCAUACAUGUUGAGAAGUAACUGCAACACGAAACGCGUUCAUUAAACGUAGUUUCCCACGGCGGCCGAUUUGGAAAGUGACCGCGCUUUUGUUUCCAGCUUGUCUCCACACGCACUUCUUCUUUAUAAACGGGGAUCCUGUAGGCAGCAAUGAAUAAUUCCCUGGAUAGUGCAAACUCCUAUGAAGAGCUUGUGCGACAGAAAGCUCGGAGCAUCCCCCAGCAUCGUAUGAAGGAGUUUCUGGAGUCGUUGGCCAGUAAGGGUCCAGAUGCGCUGCAAGAGUUCAGCCAGCAAAGUGCAGAUGUUACAACAACGACAGCGACAAUGGUUUAUCAGCAAGAAGCUAAUUGCAUCUAUACAGACAGCACUGAAGUGGCAGGGUCACUUCUGGAACUCGCUUGCCCUGUGCAGGUGCAAAUUCAGCCCCAACAGCAACAGAUUCAACAGUCAACAACUCAGCCGCAAACUGUUCUGCAGAAUACAGAGCAACAGAUUGUACAGGUGCAGAUUCACGGACAACAGGCAGGUCAGAUGUUGGGCCAAGUCCUCCAAGUGCCCCCUGGUUCCAGUCAGCAGCUUCAAGGUGUGACGACAGCGCAGCUUAUUCAACCAGGAGAUCUCACCGAGGAGCAACACCAACAGCUCCAAGCCCAGUUGGUGGCAGCUGUUGCAGGGGGACAACAGAUCCAGAUUCAAACAGUUGGGGCCCUCUCACCCGUUCAGCAACAGGACAGUGCAGAGAGGAGUGCUCUGGCAACCACUGUUGCCACAUGCCAAGGGACAGGUGUCCUUCAGCCAGCCAAGAAACGCAAGGUGGACAUGCCCAUCACUGUGUCUUAUGCCCUGCCUGGUCAGCAGGUGGCGACGGUCCUAGCAAUCCCCCAAGGACAGGGUCAGCAGCAGAGUUAUGUCUCCCUGCGGCCAGACCUUUUAACAGUGGACAGCUCCCAUCUGUACAGUGCUACAGGCACUAUUACCAGUCCCACAGGGGAGACCUGGACAAUUCCUGUCUAUUCUGCUCCUUCUGGGGCUGGAGGUCGGGAACAGGUCACACACAUUGCCAUCCCCCAGGAAGCCUAUGGAACUGUGCAGCUUGCAGGGACAAAUACGACAACCAUGACCACAAUGCCAACACAAGUCAUGGUCGAAAAUGAGAAGUUGAAAAAUUCUUCCAGUCAAAGUCAGACAGCUCAGGCUGUUUCCAGCAUUACGAGCACUGGCGGAAUGGGAGGCCAAGAAGAAGUGGUGCAUACGCUGGCUACAAACACACUCUUCCCUGCCCAGCUAAUGAAUGGAAAUAUCCACAUCCCAGUUGCUGUGCAGGGCUACUCAAACACUACACAGUCCCUCAUCUGGGACCCACAGCAGCAGGUGUUGCACACACAGGGACUAUCUGUGCAGGAUGCGACCGGACAGCAGCUCCAGACAGUAAUAGCAGAAGUAGAUGGCCAAGUUCCACAGCAAGUGCAGGUUCAGGAGCUUUUGCUUCCAGCCACUCUUAAACCAGAGGAGGGGCUGGAUGUGUGGCGUGCCUGGGCUCAGCGAAAAAAUGCUGAAUUGGACAAAUCUGAUCAACAUAAAUUGGCUCCAAUUGGCCGACGCCAGGCACUGCGCUUUCAGGAGGACUUGGUGUCGUGUGCUGUAGCUGAGCUUUGCAUGGGGCUGUCACUAAUGACCACAGAGGCCCGGGGGCUGGAGGGAGAUCCUUAUGAUGCGGAUGUUCUUUACUAUGUAUUUCUGUGCAUGCAAAAAUAUUUGUUUGAUAAUAGUCGUGUGGAUGACAUCUUCUCAGACCAAUACUACACUCGCUUUGCUCAAAGUUUGCACAAGGUUCUCCAACCCUGGGGGCCAACUGUUCAUCCACUCGGUUAUAUUAUUCCCAGUCACGUGACAGAGGAGAUGUUGUGGGAAUGUAAACAACUUGGGGCCCAUUCCCCCUCAACGCUGCUCACAACUCUAAUGUUUUUCAACACAAAAUAUUUUCAUUUGAAGACAGUUAAUCAGCAUCUAAAAAUUGCUUUUUCUAAAGUGUUACGACACACGAGAAAAAGUCCCAACAAUCCCAAAGACAAGAGCACCAGUAUCAGAUAUCUGAAGGCAACAGAACGGUUCAUUGGACAGAAAGUUACAGAUGACAUGUACUCUGAGCAGCUAGAGGACCCGGAAAAUCCUCUGCGAUGUCCCAUCAAGCUGUAUGAUUUCUACCUCUUCAAAUGUCCGCAGAGCGCCAAGGGACGCAAUGACACCUUCUACCUGACUCCGGAGCCCGUAGUGGCUCCAAACAGCCCCAUCUGGUACUCCACUCAACCAAUCCCUAAAGAGCAGUUGGAGCAGAUGCUGGCCCGAAUUCUUGUUGUCCGUGAAAUCCACGAAGCCAUUCAAAUAUCAGAGAGUGUGCAAUAAUUGGACUGAAGGAGAAAGCCACUUGAACUAGACUUUUCCUUUCUGUUUGUUCAAUCUUUUGAUUGCUAAAUCACCAGUAGUUUUAUAUUCCCUCUCACCCUUCUGUGUGCCUCAAAGGUGGCAUGUAUAAGUUUAUAUUCAUCAUGACUCUAUAUACACUAUCUUGUACAUAACCACAAUCAAUACAGGUCAUUAUGCCUCAUCCACAGAAAUUAUUCACCUUUUUUUUUCUUAUUUCUGAUUAGCCAAAGGAUACUUGUACUCUGCCUGUUAUAUUUGAAAUACUUUUAAUAUUGGCUCUUUUUAACCAUUACUCUGGAUCAUUUGUUAAUAUGCUUUCCGAAAACAUAACUCUAAUAUAUUUCAUUUAUUUCUU